CCUGGCACCCCACCCCCAUUCUGUCCAUCCUUACCCAGUUAAAGUGAGAUGUCUCGUGUCACCGUGUAAGAUGAGAUAAAGGAGUGGUUAAAGUGCAUGAGACAGGCGCAUCACACACUUGGCUAUUGGCAGUUUGGAGACGGUUUAUUGGAGUGCUGAAAGGUAUGCCCUGAUGAUACUACACACGAUAGUGAGACCAGGUUGACUUUCAGACAGUGCUUAUCAACUCACCUAGAUCUAAGGAAUUAUUACAUCCCUAUUGAAGAACAUUUGGAGAGCAUCGCUAAUAUCUGUUGUAUGAUUGAUUUCACUUGACCACGCUGAAACUGUGCAGUUACACAUUUGUCUGUCUUAAAAAUAAUCAUCUGUAUAAACUAGUGAUGCUUCCCAGUCCAGUGACUUCAACGCCAUUCUCGGUGAAGGAUAUUCUAAAGAUGGAGCAGCAACAUCACCCCCACCAAGGUUUCUUCUAUCCAGAUCAAGACGCCCAGAUGUCUCUGCAGCGCAUGCACAGUGCACUUCGGAGCCUCGACUUACUUGACAGUCAGGAUAAGUCGUGCUUCUCCGGAGCAACACAGAUGAAAUGCACCCUGAGUUCGGAGGACAUUGACAUCCUGAGGGGCAGUUGUAGUUCAGCGGCUGAGGAGGAGACGAAUGGGGACCCAGGUAUGCUUCUUGACGAUUCGAUGGGUUGUGAUGGGAAAAAUGACAAUACCUAUUCAGGCAAGCCAAAGCAAAGAUUGCGCAGAAAACCACGCGUGCUAUUUUCCCAAACGCAGGUUUUUGAGCUUGAACGGCGCUUCAAACAGCAGAGGUACCUUUCUGCACCAGAGAGGGACCACCUCGCCAAUAUUCUAAAGCUGAGUUCUACUCAAGUCAAAAUCUGGUUUCAAAACAGGAGGUACAAGUGCAAGCGGCAAAGACAAGACAAGUCUCUGGAAUUGGCUGGAUACCCGCCUCUACCACGAAGGGUGGCAGUGCCCGUGUUGGUUCGAGAUGGCAAACCGUGCAUGGGAGGACCUCAUUUAGCGCCAUACAACGUGACAAUUGGCUCUUACAACACCAUAUAUGGAUAUGGUAAUAACUCACAUGGUUGCAGUUAUCCGAGUAUGCCAUCCAUACCAAGUGCCACGCAAAUGUCCAACAACCAUAUAGUUGACAUGAACCUCAUGGAAAAUGUAGAGGGGCCAUUCCAACAGGGACACUUUCAGGCAACUCUACCGGGGAUAAGAGCGUGGUGAGAAACUAUUCCAAAACAACCACCCAACUCUCAUCAAGUUUUUUUCGUUUAGGUUUUUGUUUAGGUUUGGCUAUGCAGCUGCAAGGUUACUUGUUGAAAACAUCAACGAAUAGGCCAAUAGGCAAAUCCAAGUGUAGGCAUAUACUGUUUAACACGUUUAUAUUGGACUAUAUGUGUUUUUUUUUCUCACUAUGUGUAUUGGUCUACUAUAAUUUCUUGUUUAACUAUUUCGUUUUGUUUAACUAUUUAACUAAGUUGAUAAUAUUGCUCUAACGGACUUUGUUCAAGACAUGGUAUUUUUGUACAUGACAAUAAACCUUGAU